AUGGAUCUGGAAAUCAGGGAGAUCUCCGCAGCCAGCCAAAAAGAGGAGAAUGAUUUGAAUAUGAUCCGGAAAGAACACGAAGAGGAAGUGGGAAAGGCUCAAAUGGAAGUGGAGAGACUUCAAGGAUUGUUGACGGAGGUUGAAGAGGAAAAUGAUAGGAUGAAGAAUGCGAUCGAGAGUUUGAAAGAAGAUAAGGAAACUCAAGGUAACACAAGAAUCGAGACUGGAAAUUAUUGGCAUGCAACAAUCAUGAAUAUCGAAGCUGAAAUGGAAGACCUCCAGGAGCAACACCGCCAGGAAAAAGAAACGAUGACGGCGGAAUUUUCGAAAAUUCAAGCGGCAAUGGGAACGGAACUGACCCAAAAAGAAGAACUCAUUCUGGAAUUGACCUCGAAGGUCCAGGAAUCGGAAACAAAUAUCCAUAGCAUCAGGAAGGGUUAUGAGAUGAAGAUGGCAGAACUUCAAGAGGAGCUGAAGAAUCAGAAGGCUUUGUUGGAAGAACAAAGAGAUCUCGAGGCUCACAGAAACAAAGAAGCCGAGAAAGAAAGAUCCUCCAUGGAGCAGACUAUCAAGGAUAUUUCGACGGAGCUGGAGAGCUUGAGAAAAGAACAAAGAUCGGUCCAAAUGUUAGAGGAGCAGUUGGAACAUGCAGGUAUUAAAUUUAAAUUGGCCCUUUUGGUUAUAGGUUUCGCCCACACUAUACGAGCACUUUAA